AUGCUAGUCGAUAAUUUUGUUGAGGUUGCGUACACACCGUCAACGCCAUCCACACCAUCAAGUGUCCCAUCCUUUCGGGCUAUCCGCAAUCUCCUCCUCCCUUUUGGAAAUAGCAAACCAACGUCGCCAGCUCAGCCCCCAACACAAACAAAACACCCAUUUCACUUUGCCUCUCUCCGUCGCUCCAGUGAUCGCAAACCUUCCUUUUCUUCUGCCCGCGACCAUCAACGUGAUCAGGAUAAUCCCCCUGUCAUAUCUAUAUCACGUCUUGAUGCUGAAGAAUUUGCGCACAAAAGGAGCUAUGACCUUGUCCGCGUUGCUUCAGCCUCCGACAGUCUCCUUCCUUCACUAUCUACUACUUCCCAGUUCCUUGAUGACGAGAUGUAUGCCCUCGUCCACCCAUGCCCCGCUGACCUUAGCACCAUCCUCGAAGCUGAAAACUCGGGUAUUUCGAAAUACAUACCCUCCGCAAGUCCUUCCCCAUCUCCUUCCCCUACUUCGCCACACACAUUCUUUCCAUCUAAGGUCGCAUUCUCCCCCCCACCAUCUCACGGCACCUUUCCCACUCCAAAAGACCGCUCUGUCCCUCAAACUUCUUGUGGUCCCUCCCCCACCACCUCCAAUCUCGAUCUAUCCCUCUCGAAAUUAUCCGCUGAACUCCAUGACGCUCUAUCCCCCACCACUGCCGACGGUUGGUCCAGUGCUGUUGUGGUCGAAGACGCAGACGUAGCGCCGCCACCAUCGGGAACAAACCAUGGGUUUGACAGUAGGGAUACGACUUCUUGUCUCCCUCAGAUCUCAGACCCAGACCCAGAUGCGACCUUUGACUUCAGUGCGCUCGAUCCCGACCUUGCCGAGCUACUCAGUCCUCAUCGCGUGCCCAGAAAGGACAUGAGAGAAUCAGCCACCGAUAAAUUGGUAUCAGACGGGUUCAGUGUUGCGCCAUACCGAGUUGCAGCUUCAAUAAUUCCUCAAACACCUGGUCCUCGACCACGCUCCGCACCUUUAACUGAACAAUCUACUACACCUUUAUCACCAGGGUGCUCUUCCGUCGAACCGCUGUCACGAGAGCCAAUAACACCUCUAUCCCCGAGCAUACGACCAUCAGCAGUCCCCCAGUCAGAUGCACGAUCCUUGGUGUCGCUGGGCUCCAGACCGUCACAAGGAGUGGUACACUCUCCAGAACCUACGCAACUCCCUAUUUCCCGUCCUUCUCUUAACAUGCGUCGGCCACCGUCACAUUUGCCAAGGCUCGUGCGGAGUGUCACUUCUGCUUCUCCUUCCAUCGCUGCGAUCACGCCAGGCACAUCUGUAGAAACAGCCACGAGAAUGCAGAGGCACAAACCUCCGUCUCCUUUAUCGGCUGGGCAGGUCACAGCGGAUACGGUGAUGCGAUCGUCAUCGGACACUACGGGGUUGAGGGUAUCUUCGGACACAUGUGUCCCUCGCUCAUUAGUAAACGUCAGCUUCACGCCUCGUUCCUCUUCCGAUACUGGGACAAGGAAUGCUCGUGCUGUAUCGGCCGAGAAUCAUCGCCCAGAGCAGCAGGGACACGUAUCCUCGUGUCCAAAUGUCAAUGUUGUGCCCACCAGAGGGGUGCCGCCUUCGGUGCCCUGUAUCACUACAACUCUUGUACCUACCUCUACCGCACCCUCCAGUCUUAGCGCGUCUCCCUCAACCGCGGUCACCUCCUCACCCCCCACUACCACUACCAGCGCAAACCCAAGGACUCCCACAUCUAGCCCUCCCCCAACUACAAGCACCCCCCACGACCCAGCCCAUAUCCGUCGCCGUCAUCAUCCCCACCUCUUUAUUAGCCGGAAGAGAAGCUUAAGUGUUGACGAACCCUCAUCCUUAUCCGCUCGUGUUGAGAAACCGGGAUCAAGCGCGAGCAAUCGCCUCAAUGGUGCAAGGAGGUUCGGGCUUGGUGUAAAGAACGGAGUUGGAGAGAGAGCAGGCAGAGUCAAGCUCGCUUCCGGAGAAAACAGACUUGUGUCCUCCCCGCUCACCCGCAGCACGCAUACACCAGGACCUCCAACCAUGGAAUGGCUUGGUCCAAGGACUGUCAAAGCAUUUGCUGCCGCUGGGUUGUUCGACGGGGAACGAGAGGAGGCUGGUGCAGGGUUCGGAGAGAAGGCAGGGUCUACCAGAGUCAAUCGAUUUGAGCCGGAUCGAGCAGGUGCAAGUUCAGUGCUGAGUCGGUUUGACCGUGACCGUGAAGGUGCUACUUCGGUGAUGAGCCGGUUGGAUCGUGAUCGUGAAACGUCUCUUGGCUUUUAUGAUAGGGAUCGUGACUAUUCGACUAUCAACCGUUAUGCUUCCUUGCGGGACCAUGCCCCAUCACGUGCGGCAUUUUCAGAAGCUGCGAGCACAUCUUCGUUUGGCACAAGGAGCGCGUGUACGACAGGGAAUGCUGGUGCAGGAUGGAGCCCCAGCCCGACAUUCUCAAGUGCCGCGAGGACUGCGUUCUCAGGAAGCACAGCUCCUACGAGUGUAAGCAGUGGUGUGGGGUCGGGGAUUGGUGCUGGAGCUGGAGUUGGAGUUGGGAAUGGAAUAGGAGCCGACGAUUCCCAAGAGGCGUGCAGGAGACUGAGGGAAGAGAAUGGGAUGCUGAGGGAAAGGCUGAGGGUGUUAGAAGCCACGGCAAUUCAGGACAGAGAUGAUGUGGGCUUGGGCAGAGGCAUAGGACUUGGUGUGCUUAGCCAGGACGAGGAAGAUGGGUCCGAUAAAACACAUCGCUGCGACCAAGACUUCGAGCGCUUGCCCCGAAAACACCUCGCUUCUCUCCGUGUCUCCCCUGCUCGUCAAUCCCGAAUGCUCACACCUGUCCCUCGUAUGCCUCAUCUUGAACGAUCGCACUCGCAUCUCCUGCAGCAUGACAGACACCAUACUGUAUCCGCUAAGGCGUCUUUCGAUUUCACGUCCGGACGGACGCCCUCGCCGUCGCGGUCCACUCAGUUCAGACCUCCUUCUCCACAGCAGACACAGCCCCAACCUACAUCUUCAUUGUCCAUUCAACCUCCUCCUUCCCCGCAGAGAAGACAUCUGCAGAGACAAAGACGCGCGAGCACAUCCUCGAGCUUGUUCCCUGCUCCACCGCCUGAAAUGUCGAUGCUGAUGUUGGAGGAUGUGGGAUUAUCCAACGUGGUGAGCGAGUCACCGCCUUCUCCUGGCGGUUCCUCUCCCGUUGCUAAAAAAUUGGGGCAUAAACAUUCGCAUUCGCAUUCAAUGAUUCCUCUCAAAUCUGUAUCAUUCACUUCCUUCGCAUCGACGGGCACAGUAGCCGCGAGCCCAAGCACUGCGACUUUCUCGAUGACAGAAGCUCCUGGGUCUCCGCAUAGUCUACAAUUGCGCCCCGAACACGAGCUACACCUUGGGGAUAUGACGAGUUUGAGUCUGUAUGCUAUGAGCGAUGGGGAAGGGGAUGAGGGGGAUGAGGAGGUAUGAAUUAUGUCUUUGUCAGUGACCUGAGGAUGGUGUUCGAGGUACGGUCGCUUCCUGAUAAUUAUGUUUCACAUGCGCUAUGCUCUAGGAUCUUCGACGUUCGUUUGUUCAUAAUUUGUCUUUCAUUCUGUCUUGGCGCUUUUCUUGCUCUCAUCUCCUACUUUCUGUUCGUCUUUCUGCAUUUGCUUCUGCUCUCGUGUACUGCAGAUUCGAUCCUACAUAUCCCGCUAUUUCAUUGUAGAAUAUACCCAGGUUACAAUAAUUGUAUAUAGAUACCCUCCAUCACAUGAUAAUCAGAUGCCGUUGAACUCCUCUGCAGGAUGACAAAUAAAAUCGACUGC